AUGUCCCAACAACCAACUUCCAUGCUCUCACUCCUCACUGAUUCUUCUCCAACUUUGUUACAACCACCAACCGCCACCACAAGCACCACGAGUCACGGAAGGCCUUCUUCACUUGCUUCAAGCUUUGCCUCUGCAUUUGCAAAUUCACUUUCUUCACCGAAUUCAAAUACUUCACUUUUGAGUUUAAUGCAAUCAAGCGGAAACACUAUAACAGACACGAAUAGUACUGCAGUAGCAGCAAACGGACUAGGUCCUAACUUUGUCAAACAACAACAACCCUCUAUUUUAUCAAGAUCUAAUAGUAAUAGUAGCGGAACAAGUAGUAAUUCUGCUGGUUUUGCUCAUCCUUUACCAGCUGAUUUUUAUCUUCCAACAAACAUCCCUCAACAAGUGUGCAUUCUUAUUGAUACAACAGGUGGAAUGAGACAAUAUUUUGGUGAUUUUCUAAAGAAAAUUAUCCUGCCCUAUUUGGAGCAGUUGAAAAACAACAAUACGGAAUAUGGAGCUGUAUUAUUUCAAAAUCAUCCACCAUUUGGAGAUUUUAUGGUUAAAGUGAUUCCCUUCAUUCGACAAUACAAUACAUUUACGAGCAUUUUAGAAGAAUUGAAAGAGAAAUUUCAUGCAGGAGGUGUAUGUGAAAGCUGUGUGACAGAAGCUUUAGCUGCCUCGCUCACUGAUUUACAAUGGGAAAAAGAAUGUCUCAAAUAUUGUCUAAUUUGCUCUUCCACUCCAGUCGACCAUCCUUGUACUUUACCAGGCCCCUAUUCUGGAAAGACAGCAAGUUACCUUGCACGAGAAAUGGCCCACAAGAGAGGAAUUAUUGUCUCCUUCGUUGCUCCUUCGACUAACAAAAAUUGGAAACCUCUCUUUGAGAAUAGCCAAAUUGUUCACACCAGCAGUUCCUCUAAGAAGGACAAAUCUAAGCAAGAAAAUGCGAUGGAAGAUGAAACAACAGAAUUACGAGUGGUGAAUGGAACCAUUGAGGGUACCAAUCUUUCAAGAAAUGCAUCAAAUGACGAAAAAAUUAUUCGCUUAAUUCUAGAAAAAUCAGCCAAAACUACCUCUUCAAAGAAGGAACUCAUUGAAUUUAAGCCUGCAUUUAUUGAGCUGAGAGGCCUUCAACUGAACCUUUCACAGCAAAAUACAUCAAGCAGUACUACUUCUGCUCAACCUCUCAUUCCACUCAAAACCGCCAACGGUGUGCCAACUGUCAUUUCAUCUCCCCCUCUAGGAACCACUCCUUCCUCAGGCAACAACCUUCCAACUAGUUCUGCAACCUCUCAAGUGAAAACCACUGGAAAUACAACGACGACAAUGAAACAAUCCAAAACCACCAUAGCUCCCAAAUUGCUUGCUCAAACACAGGGAUCAACACAAAGCUCUCCGGAGAAGGCUACCAGUGGUGGCACUGCAACCAAUCCUGUGACUGUUUCUCCUCCACAACAACAACAACACCAUCCAACAAGAGGCAGCACACCACCACCGUCGUCACAACAAGGAAAAUCAUCCACAUCGACCAUCUCUCCACCUCAGACAGCAUCGAACACUUCAUCGGAUAACACCUCUGUCCAUAGCGCUGUCUCGACUCCUCUUCACUCAAUUGUCUUCUCAGUGGAACCUAAUAGUAAUGCUCUCUUCACACUCGAUCUUAUUCACAACAAUUAUCUCAAUGUGCCAGAUUAUCCUGAUCAAGCCAAGGCGUUCAUUUCAAAGGCACCAAAAACAUGUGACAUCAAACGUGUUGCCCAUCAAUCCAUUCCUCAAAAUCUCAAAGCAUGUCUCGAUAAGCACACCUUCUUUUAUUUGUGGAAAACGAAAGAUGAAAGUUCCAGAUUCGAAAGUUUCUACAAGACUGUCAAUGACAAACAAUUUUUGAUCGCUCUUCCUGUGACUGUGCCUCCUCGUGACAACGAACAGCAAGAGUCUCAACCAAAUGUCAGAUUUUUAGUUUUCAUCACGAGUGAAAUGUAUAAGACACUCAAAUCUAAGGAAAACAGUAAGGCCUCCUAUUAUGACAUUCCUGAUAAGCUAUUUAUUUCGUAUGUGGUAGACAAAAACACUUUUCUAAGCAUGGUUAAACAAAGUUCGAAAGGAACCACGCAACCUUCUUCUUCAUUGUCACAACGACCACCAAACAAUGCUCAUUUGCAACCAGCCACCACUACGACUACCAAUCCUGUAGGUGGUGUCUCCACCUCACAGGGCUCACAAAUGUCCACGACCACUGCUGCCACAGGUCUCGUUGGAAACAAUCCAGGAACAACUUCAGCGAUUGGAGGAACGGAUGCUUCUGCUCUCACAUUGGCUGCUCUUGCUGCUCAACAAGGAAAUCCCUUAACUGUUGGGACGGUAGGCAACACAAGAAUUAACAUGCCUCCAAAUACAACAUUUAUACCGAGUGGUAUGAGUGGAAUGCCUCUGAUGUACAAUCCGUUCUUUUCACCUCAAGGUCUCAUGAUGAUGCCAGGAGGUACGCAGUUGUUUAUUAAUCCGAGCAUGUUGGGAGGGGGUUUGUUACAGCCAAACAUCACGGGUUCUCAACAACCUUCUCAACCACAACCGAAUACGGGAGGCACUGGAACUUCACAGCCCAACAAUGCAAAGAAAUAA